CCUCAGGAAAAAAAACUCACCCUGAUCCAAACCUCAGACUUCCCCACCGUCGGCCGGCGCCGCCACACCCCACGACCAGCCCGCCGCCUCCGUCCUCGCCCGCGGCGAUGUCUUCCCUUGUCCAGAGCAGCUCGCUCGAGCGCCUCCACCACGUCGAGAAGCGGAUAGUGCGGGUGCUGGAGCUGGCGGGGGCGGUCAUGGAGGAGCUGGGAAACUCGCAGGGUCCCCGCGGCGAGGCCGUCGUCGCCCACUGCCGCGAGUUCAUGCUCUACAUGAAGGAAAUUCAAACUACAUUGCGUGAGGAAAUAAAAAGUGCUUGUGAAUACCGGCCAUUUGAGAUGUGUGACUACAGUGCGAGGAUUGCUAACGAGAUUUGUUGCAAAAAGCUGGAGUAUGUGAUUGAGAAGAUGGAUGCCAUGCAACUGAACAUUGAGCCCAGCACCAAUGAAGUUUAGCUAAUUUAACUGGCUAUCUAGUGCUUGGUAGUGAAAUGGAAAUUCAAACUACAUUGCGCGAGGAAAUAAAAAGUGCUUGUGAAUACCAGCCAUUUGAGAAGUGUGACUACAGUGCCAGGAUUGCUAACGAGAUUUGUUGCAAAAAGCUGGAGUAUGUAAUUUAGAAGAUGGAUGGCAUGCAACUGAACAUUGAGCAGAGCACUAGUGAAGUUUAGCUGAUCAAACUGUUUAACUGGCCAUCUAGUGCCUGGUACUGAAAUGAUCGGCGCCAAAGCAUCAUCAUGUGGCUUCUGCGACUCCAGUUUCUUAUGUCCAGUUCUUGCUAGAUAUAUCGUGUGUUUCCCAAUAUUUAAUGUAGUUGGAUGAAUUAUGUAGAGUAUAAGUUGCAAUAUCCCAGAAAGAAGAUAUAUUCGAACCA